GGCAACUCACCUAGUGUGUACGGCAUCGUGGCGACUUGAAAAGCGUUUUCCUCUUUUAUUGUGACAAGAAUCGCCAGGUUCUGUUAAGUGACAGCCUCAUCAUGGAUAAAUUGCUCUGGACCGAUGCAGUCAAGAAUCUGCUAUCUUAUUCAAAGGUUCAGACAGAUCAUGGAGUUUUCCGUCUGCACUAUAAGCUCACAGCAACGCUAUUGCUCAUCUGUAGUAUUCUCGUUACUGCGACGCAGUUUUUUGGUGAACCCAUCUUCUGUGUGUCUAACGACAUUAUUCAGUCGAAGAUCAUGAAUAAUUACUGUUGGGUUGAAGGAACAAUUACGUUGCCACGAUCACUCAAUGGAACUCUCGGCGAUGACGUCGCUGCGCCUGGAGUUGACCAACGCAAGAUUUCGGAGGAUGAACCAGUACUGGAGCAUUCGUAUUACCAAUGGGUCAGCGUUUUUCUGCUAUUUCAAUCGGCCGCGUUCUAUUUUCCCCGCUGGUUGUGGCGAUGCUGGGAACAGGGCCGAAUGAAGGCCCUCGUGAAAGAGCUUACCGAGCACGACAAUUUGAAGAUUCCCAUUCUGUCCGAAGAGGAAUGGGGCAAGAAGACUCGGUCUAUCAACAAAUAUUUUAUGGGCCAUCGCUUUGAAAAUGAAAAAUAUGCCUACCGUUUCUUUAUUUGCGAAAUGGCCGCUCUUGCCAACGUUAUACUCCAGAUCUAUUUGUUGGAUCGAUUUCUAGGAUACCAAUUUUGGACUUAUGGACCAAGUGCCGUUGUCUAUUUAACCCACGACCCAGAGCACAGGGUCGACCCAAUGGCUCGUGUCUUCCCCAAAAUGUCGAAAUGCCGCGUGAGGCGCUUCGGGACCUCUGGCGAAGUACAGAUCCAUGACGCAAUCUGCCUACUUUCCUUGAACAUCGUCAAUGAGAAGAUAUUCGUUGCCUUAUGGUUCUGGUUCAUGGCAGUCUUAGUUAUCAGCAUCAUUAAUGCAUUUUACCGAAUCAUUAUGCUCACUUCGAAAAAAUACCGCUACGUUCAGAUCAAGACGCUCGCUAGCAUGAUCAACAAAACUGAACUGGAUAGCGUCAGACGUAACGGCAGCUGUGGCGAUUGGUUCAUGCUUUCGCUGCUCCAAGAAAACAUAAAGGCCCACCAAUUUAAACACGUCGUCACCACACUUUCGAGGGAACUAGAAAAAGAGCCAAAAAAGAAAGCCGGACAGCUAUGAAGCACGGCGUGUGGAGCUACUGGCUAGAUCUGGAUAGCGUUUAGAGUGAUCUAGCUAUUGUCAAACUAAUCUAUCGAUCUUAUUAGCCUGUCUGCAUGCAUUUCGAAAUUAAGCCUUACUAUUGCUAGCCUCAUGGUGUCAAUAAGCCUCGACUGCUCAUACUGUAAUCCUUGGACGGAGUUCACCGCAGAACUUAGCUGAUAAGAAUACGUUUCGCGUGUUAGGCAAACAAAUUGACCCAUAAUCGUUUUGUAACCAGGUGGCAGAGUUGCAGAUACUCUACUGCAUAUGAAUGGGCUAAUUUCUUCGCCGCUCGUGCCCGCUAAUUCCAUUUGCGACUUGUUAACAGAAAACAGGUAUCGGCCACCUAUAAUCCAGCUCUUGUAAACCUGCAUCAACUUCAUAACAGUGCUAUAUAACUGUAAAUCAUAGCAAAAUGAGGAUGAGAGGAUGAUUAUCCCCUGAAGAACAGGUCCAUUGUAUUAGCUAGAAGUAUAAUUAUCUAUCAAGCUAGGGCUGUUCACCAAACUCUGUGACAAUAUUUAUAUAGAAUGUAAAGUUCUGAGUGUUUCAAAUAAAGCACAAUCCUGUUGCUAUGAGAUGUA